AAGAAGGCCACUCUCCAAAAAUCUCUCGUUCAAUUCCUUCCAGAAUUGAUGCUCUUUGAUUCCCUUGCGAUGAUUCAUCUUUCUCGCUGUGGGGGGCCUUCUGUUUCCCCUUUUCCCCUCUCUGACACCUCAAUUUCAACCCAAUUUCACCAAUCAAUCCUUCUUUUUCUUCGCCAUAGCCUUUUUUCAAACCUUCCUCUCACUUUUUCCUCUCAAAUUUCUCCUCCUCCUCCGCUUCUUCUUCCAAUCCCCAUAACUUGAAGGAAGAGAAGAAAAAAGCAACGGAUUCUAAGGUUUCAGUUCAGAUUAUCUGUACUUUCUAUCCAAAAAACAGUCGACCAUGGCCGGCGGCGCCGCCACUGCUUCGGCAAGUGCACAGACGGCGGCCACGAAGUUUAUUAAGUGCGUGACGGUUGGAGAUGGCGCCGUUGGGAAGACUUGCCUUCUCAUUUCUUACACUAGCAACACUUUUCCGACUGAUUAUGUUCCUACUGUUUUCGACAAUUUCAGCGCCAAUGUUUUGGUUAAUGGCCAAUCUGUGAAUUUAGGUCUCUGGGACACUGCGGGUCAAGAAGAUUAUAGCAGGCUAAGACCUUUGAGUUACAGAGGAGCUGAUGUUUUCCUUCUUGCCUUUUCGCUCAUAAGCAGGGCCAGCUUUGAAAAUAUAUCGAAGAAAUGGAUCCCAGAGUUGAGGCAUUAUGCCCCAUCAGUGCCCAUUAUUCUUGUAGGGACCAAACUAGAUCUGAGAGACAAUGAACAAUUCCUCUUGGACUAUCCUGGGGCGUGUACAAUAUCGACGAAACAGGGCGAGGAGCUAAAGAAGCUUAUUGGAGCAGUGGCAUACAUCGAGUGCAGUUCAAAGACACAACAGAAUGUAAAGGCUGUGUUUGAUGCUGCAGUGAAGGUGGUUCUUCAACCUCCAAAACCCAAGAGGCCAAAGAGAAAACAUCCAACCUGCAAUUUUCUCUGAGAAUGUUUAAGCCUCUCUCCUCCCUCAUUUAUUAUUCAACUUCCCAUAUCACUUCUAAUUAAACUACUUUGUAUGUUACAACUUCUAUGAUCUUUAUAGGGUCUAUUUUAAAGGUUGUGUUUCUCGGGAGAUUUGAACGAGCGAUGUCUUGGUUGAGGGGAUGUGUUUUAGUUAUUGGUUUCUCCUAUUGUACUUUCUUGUCUCGACGUCUGAAAGAGAUUGCAUUGAUAGUUUUGAUAACGAGUUUCAUUGGCAUCUA